GGCAGGGAGGAGAGACGCUGAUGAGAGGGAGGGGGUGGUUUAUUUCUGAGCCUGGGCCGCGGAUUAGAGCCGAGAGAGCAGUCCCAGCGCGAUGACAGCAUCCAGCACAUAGCCGCCGCCGCCACCACCAUCAUCCUCUCUGCUCCGCUCCGGCCGGACGCCGUGGAUUGUUCACCAUCCUCUCACCCCCUCCUUUUUUGGGGGGAUUUCUCCGGAUCACCCGACCAUUUCGCAGAGGGGGGAGGAUUGAACCCCCACCUCCUCCAGACACCCCGGCCCGUCUGUCUGCGUCCUCCUCAGAUCCACGAGAUAAAUGGAGGAGAACGAGCGAUGUAGGAGCAGGUCUCCGGCUCGGAGGACCAAUCGGGUGCAGCAGGUGGUGGGAACAAUCAUACGACGCACUCGGGAGUCUCUGAGCAGGGAGCGUCUGCUGGGCGAUGGCAGGUCGCAGCGCUCCAACAGUCUGUCCAGUCAGAGCUUCCAGGCCAAACUGACUCUACAGAUCACCAGAGACCCCGUGCUGGACCGCAGUACCGGACAUGGCUUCGCUCUCACCACGGACGCGCCCCUGCUGGUCAGGGAUGUUGCCCCAGGGAGCCCUGCAGAUGGGAUCCUAUUCCCAGGGGACCAGGUGCUGCAGAUAAAUGAUAAAGUGAUGGAGGAUUUGAGCGCAGAGCAGGUGGAAAACACCUUAAGGGACUUGGAGGAUUGUAUCAAUGUGACCAUUCUGCGGCACAUGACGAAUCCCAAGUCGUCCAUUAUGUCCGCAGAGAAGAGAGCUCGUCUGAGGAGUAAUCCAGUUAAAGUGCGCUUUGCGGAGGAGGUGGUGGUCAAUGGGCACACUCAGGGAAACUCUCUUCUCUUCCUUCCUAAUGUCCUAAAAGUUUAUCUAGAGAAUGGGCAGACCAAGGCCUUCAAGUUUGACAAUACAACCACUGUCAAGGACAUUGUUCUGACUCUGAAGGAAAAACUGUCCAUCCGGGUGAUUGAGUACUUCGGCUUGGUACUCGAGCAACAGUAUAGCAUCGCAAAACUGUUGCUGCUGCACGAAGAUGAGUUCAUACAGAAGGUGGUGCAGAAAAAGGACUCGCAUGAUUACAGAUGUCUGUUCAGGGUUUGUUUCAUUCCCAAAGACCCCAACGACCUGCUGCAGGAUGACCCCUUGUCCUUUGAGUACCUCUUUUUACAGAGCGUUGGGGAUGUGCUGCAGGAGCGAUUCGCCGUGGAGAUGAAGUGCAACACGGCGCUCCGCCUGGCUGCCCUGCACAUGCAUGAGAGACUUGAUAGUUGUGGACAGACCCGGACGUCCAUCAAGAGCAUUACGAAGGAGUUUGGCCUGGACAGCUUUAUCUCACCCACGCUGCUGAGCAACAUGAGGGAGAAGGACCUGAGGAAAGCAAUUAGCUACCACCUCAAAAAGAUCCAGGCCCUGCUUGAGCCACGGCAGAAGGUUAUUUCAGCUGCACAGGCUCGCUUGGCCUACCUCACCCAGCUUGGAGAGCUCAUUUCCUAUGGUGGGCGGUCUUACACAGCUACAAUGAUGCUUCAGGACAGGGAGGUUAUGCUCAGCUUGCUAGUAGGUGCCAAGUAUGGGUUGAGUCAAAUCAUUAACCACAAGCUCAACAUGAUAUCCACCCUGGUUGAGUUCAGCAGCAUCAGCCGAGUUGAACUGCUAUCCGAGUCGGACAAAGUCAGCCUGCUGCGCAUUUCACUGCAUGAUAUGAAGCCAUUUGCCUUACUGAUGGAUUCUGUGGCAGCCAAAGACUUAGGGUGUCUGCUGGGAGGCUACUGCAAACUCCUGGUGGAUCCAACUGUUAAUGUCUUCCGUCUGGGGCGCCCGAAAGUCAGGGUGCACCGGAUUCCUGCUGAAGAAGGUGUGUGUGGGAGGUUCGCCGUAAUAGAGGGCGUGUGCUAUGAAUCCCUAACAAGUUAUGUGUCCCGCUGCUGCAGUGACUCGGAAGGCUCGACGGAUGACGAUGAUCCAAUGGAUUCUCAGAGUUACAAAAGCUUAGAUGCUGCAGGUACGGACUGGGAAGAAAGAAGGAGAGAGGAGGAAGAAAAGAGGAAAGAGGAAGAAAGGAAAGAGAGAGAAGAACACAAAGGGAAACAGGAAGUAAAAAUAAUAGUUACAACGGAAGGAAAGGAAAACGAGAGUGAAGAGGAAGUAGGUGCAACAGGAAGUGGUCUACGUAAAUUCAAUGUUGUCGAUGAAGAAAUGAACCUGGAGACCAGCUGGUACCACACUGACCCAAGGGUCACUAGCAGCUUCUCCAGCUUGUCCAGCAGUUCCUUGAGUACCGCCCUGGAUGAAAGCAGUGCUGCAGCCAAAGCCCCUUCUCGCCUGGAUCCUCUCCGUGGUCCAAGCCCAGGUGAAGAUCCUUCAAACUUGGACACCCUUCACCCCUACCUCCUUGAGCCAAAGCGUCAAGGGCCCCUGAGACCCACAAACCUGAACUACCAUGGCAAUGAUAACUCCUUCCUCUGCUUUGCUGAUCUCUGCAAGGAUGAUUUCUUGCCAAGUCCGGCAGGCGCUACAAGUGAUGAUGACGACGAUGACGAGGAGGAAGACCUGGGCGUCCACAAACUCAGACGUAUCUCUAAGAUCCCUAGUUCAAGAGAUUUGAGAAUGAUUGACAGCACACCUUUUGAAAGAUUGCCCCUUAAAAGAAAGAAAAAGACUCCCCCCAAAGUCCCAGUAAGGACAAGCUCAAUUCCUGGAAAUAAAUCCGCACAAGCCGAGCACCGCCUGUCUAAAGAUGAGGAUGGUCUUUUCCUUACCCCUUCACCAAACCCGAAACCAGCUCUUUUGUUGAAGGACAAUGUAUCAGAAUCUGAAGAUGAGUUUUUCGACGCGCAGGAGAGAUUUACUCCACCAAUUCCAGAUCUAUCAGAUGCUGAGCUGGCUGAUCGCCGAAAUGCUAAUCGUUUGAGUGGAACCUGGAGUCGUCUUCCAUCUGUCCCAGGAAAAGAACCCUCUUCCCCCCUUGCAACUAAACCUCUUUCCCCUAAAAUGAAGAAGGAAUCGGAGUUGCUAAAGGACUCUACAAAUAAACUCGUCCACCAACUACUCAGUCCAUUGAAGCCCUUCCAGAAACCUGAAGCUAAAGUAAAACCGCCGCUGGCACCUAAACCCCAGUUGCCUCCCAAACCUCAGAUGAUGCCUCCCAAGUCACCCCAACGCGGAAGAGCAUACGCCCAGUGCAACGGGGAUGCCUCAGGACAUUUGUCUUCUGAACUUUUGGAAAUGGAGCCAGAAACAAUGGAGUUCAAGUCGGUCACACUGGGCGGAUUGCCUCUAUCCUCGUCGAUGAUUACAGCAGUGAGGUGUAACAAACAGCCAGUAACCAACACAACAACACAAGCCAAGGAAAACACUAUAAAACAAGAAGGCAACUCACAGGAAAAUAAAAAUCUGGUGUGUGAGAAUGGCUUGCAUGUUCUUUCAAGCGACAAGACAUUAAUUCCAGAUAAACAGGAAACGGCGAAAGUUGACGAGAAAGUCAACGGAUCUAACAUUCUAACAAAAAGUCCACCGAGCUUACACCCUAUCCCUCGCUCUAAUUCAGGCACAAAGUUAGCCGUACCCCCUCCGGUUCCCCCCAAACCUACUUCUGCCAGCGGUUUUCAUCCAUUAUCACUACCUGGUAGCUCUCCCGUCUCUCCCACUGAUCCAAACAAAGGGAUCUUUAAGGACACGGUCAGUACACCAAAUGGAAUCCACCCUUGGAGUAACCGCAAUGGCAGCAUCCAGUCAGGGCCCAGGAGGGUUUCUCUAAGCCAUGAGAGCCUAUCACCCAAGAACACAGAAGCCCCGGUCAGUAUUACCACCUCACCCACAUCAGUUGAUUGUAAAGGUGUUGGAGGCCUUGACAGCAGAGAACCUGGUCGAUCUGGUUCAGGAUCUGAUCUGAGAACGAGCUCUUCCAGCCUGGGAGGUAGACUGCCAGCCUCGGCUCUGAGAGGAAAGAUCCAGUCUUUGCCCUGGUACAUGACUCGCUCCCAGGAGAUUCUAGGAAAUCUGGACUAUCCCUCGACAAGUUCAAUCAAUGGAGACACGUCUGGCUUUGGCUCUGGUUUGUCUGUAGCAAGUGGUUUAUCAGACUUAAACAAAACGCCUGUCAAGGACAAGGAGACAAUUAUCUCAAAAUCAGGAAGUAAAGCAAGCAUCCUAGAUGAUGGAGCGGAGGUUGUUAUUGCAACCAUCAAAGAGGCUCCAGAAGUACAUUCGCACAUGAGAAAGGCCAGUGGAUCAAACGGCUCACACCCAAAUCUGAGCUUUAGAGAUAACAGUCCACACAGUGGCAGUGUUUCUUCAGAGCAGCCACAGUCACGGUCUCAUUCAGCCGUGGGGCUGGGAGGGGUAACCAGCAUGCAGAUUGGAGGCGACUCCCCGACCUCCUCCGGAGCAGACACCACUCCUCCACCGCAGCACCGGGAGUCCUGCGGCUGUCGCACCGUUUAUGCCAACUGUUUCAGUGGAGACACCGAGGACGGGGUUAGCUUCGACGAGGAACUCACUGUUUAUGAGUUCUCCCGUCGCAUACGCCCCAAACCCGCUCAGGCCUCGUCUCCGACAACGCCCUCUCCAAAACCCAACAUUCUGUCCCUUCUGAAGGACAACCCUCGGCCGCUGUCUACUUUCUCCACUGCAUCCUCUGAGCUGAGCCCUCUGGUUUCAUGUCCAGUUUCACCCACAGUCUCACUGAGUGGUCGUCUUCGCUCCCUUACUAACAAGAACUACGGGGGGCUGAGGGGGGGUUUCGCCUCUCUGCGUGAGGACAUAGAUCAACUUCUUGCAGUGUUGGAGAGGGGAGCGCCUGACCAGCCUCAACAAAACUCAAGAUUGGAGAACACGGACCUGAAUCACAACGGAACCGAGGACAAUACCGUUGCUGGUCAGAGCUGCAAUGGAAAAGCUCCUGUCAUCAUGACAGAGCCUGAAAGGAGUCUUCUCCAGGCCGAGGCUCGUCGACUAGCGUCUGGAUGUCAGCGAGCCACUCGAGUCGGCUGGGCUCCCGAUGAGGCUCUUCGUUCUCUAACUACCAGCUUCAGUGCGCUGGUCCAGCUGUCCGCCGCCUGCCUGAAAACAAACCCCUGCCCUGGUUGUGACAUCUGCCACAAAGCAAGAAUGGCGCACAGGGACGAGGACGAUGACGGCCAGCUGCCUAUGGACAAGUUGAAGGAGAUCGUCGGUCUGUACCGAGAGUUUGUUGGAGCCGUUGAAACAGCCGGGACUGGUGGCGUGAAUGGCGGUAGGAGUGUGGGGUCCGGACAGGGUCAGGUGGAAGAAGACGGGGUCAGGCUGCUCGCCAAACGCUGCACUUUGCUCAUCUCAUCGGUGUUCGCGCUCACUCAACUUUUCCGGACGCGCACACUGGAAACCACGGACACAGCCGGCCGCGUACCUCUAAACUUUUGACCCGAACCUCGGGACUCAUAAAUGACGGACUCCAGAGGUGAGGCAAGAGGAAACUGCACAGAGCAACAUGGUUUGUAACCCCAGUAUUUUUGUACAAGUGCCACGCACAUUACACCACAUUACAUCACAUUACACGUACGGACACCUAACAUAAUCCUAAACGGAGAGCUCCGCCUCUCUUUGUAACACAUGAGGACUAUGCAUUUGUAGAUAUGAAUUUUAUAAGUACUUUAUUCUCUUAUUUUAUGAUACAACGUGUGUAUGUAUGUGCUGAUUAUCCAUGUACGUAUUUAUGUAUUUAUUUUUUACAACGGUUGCACCAUUAUCUGUCCCGGGCAGAUCGCUGGUGAGUGAAACCUUUAAAAAAAAAAAAGAAGAGAAAAAAAAAAAAGGAUGUCACUGGAUUUUUUUUCCCCUCUCGUCUUUGAGACAGUAUUAUGUUAUCUUUUGCUGCUGUUGAAAAAAAAAAUCUUCACUCUAUAAGGUGUAAUCUGUAAAUUGUCAUUUUAAUAAGUUUAUUGUUGCAGUACAUUUACUGCAGAGACACAGAAAAUAUACUUUAUUACAGUUUUAAACUACAAUAAUAAGCCGUUUUGUUUUUAUAUGUGUAAGGUUUACACCUUUUUAAGGGUUCUGUUUUUAAACCUCACAGUCACAAACAGAUGUGGUACAAAACUCUACUAUCAUACAGCAGGGAGAGCACUUUUGACUGUUACAGAUUGCACCUUUUUGUGAAACCUAACCUUAUAUGAAGUGUGUUUUUUUUUUUUUCUUCCUGUCCUUUUCCCCCGUCCAGAAUUAUUCUCGGUCGUUUCUUGGUAAUAUUCCCAUUACCCCAAUGUAUGCAGUAUUAAAACAUUCUUGUUUUCAUCCAAAUGCCUGCAGCUACGGGCCCACGUGUGUUCUCUGGAUAUGUUCGGACAGGGGGGGGGGGGGGGGGGGGCCUUGUGAAACGUUGGACCUUAUUUAUGUAGUUGGCACGAGAGUGACUGUUAAACUCUGUCCAGAUGUAGCAAAGAUCCAAAGUCUUAAAAACACUGAGCCACAACGGUUCCCUGCUUUGGGUUCCACUUUGUAGACCACUUUAUCUAUAAAACCCAGACAGAUGAACUGACUGAGGUCAGAACUGUAGAUAUCCAUUUGUGUCCUCCCUUAGUUUAUGCCUAUGCAAACAUACACUCCUCAGCCCCUGCACACUGUAUGCCGUUUUUAUUUCUUUCAAUGCCAACAUUAGAACCAACAACAGAUGCAUUAUAUUAGUGAAUAUAAUGGGUGUUUAUAUAUAUAUAUAGUAUUUUUUUUUUUUGCUUGGAAUGUCGGCUUUUCGUCUUGCUUUGGGGAAACCGUCUGCAUCCACGUUCUGCAACAAUUUGCCAAGUCGCAUGGCGUUUGCAAUUGUCAAUGUAAAGACUCCUGUCUGUACUGAUCUCUGUGAAUCGCCGCUAAAUGGAUUACGCUGCUCCAUCAGUUUGCUGAUGUAAAGUGUUCGCUAAUCAGCUCGCCAUUUCUCAAGACGUUGCCAGCUCGCUUGAUGAGCGCUCCACCACGAAGGAUUUACUUGAGCCACUUUUGACAACAGGAAGGCACUAAAGACUAAUCGGUCAGUAGCCGCUCCUGUAAAUGAUGAUAAGGGGAUUAGGUGAAGUAAAGGCUCCCUAAGUAUUCAGUCCACCGGUGAGGAGAGGUAUUUCUUUUUUUUUUUUUUUCUUAGAAGCGAUGAAGGAAAACUUUUAAGGGUAUGAAGGCAAAUCUCGUAUUUGAGACAUCCGGCUGCCAUGACGGCACUAAAACAGCCAUUCUAUGAGGUCCCUGGUGUGUUUUUUGUGUCUUCUUUUGUUCAGCAGACAAGCUCAAAAAGCAAGAGGAGUCUGUGACACUCUUCUGUUUGUACGCACAGUUUCCUAUCAAUCUUUUAUGUUUCUACACAAGCGGCCCCCUUUUCUUUUUCUUCCAUAUUUACAUCCAACAAUGUAACAAGAAUUGUACUGUUUGGGAAUAAAACGACUCACUGACCUUGA